AUGAGUACAAGUUCAAGAUAUUAUCACAGCGAGGAAGAUGACAGGGAGCUGUUUUCUUUCUUGAGAAGCUUUCCCCCUCCUGUCUCCUGCAGCACCCUGGGACAGAAUUAUGACAUCACCCGCUUUCGUCGACUUUUAUGUCCAGACUCCUCCUGUGAGGUGUGUAACAAUGCAGCCACUGAAAUCCAGGGGCUUUUCUUAAAGGCUUUGGAAGCUUCUACUCCAUCUGUGUCUCCUGUGGCUUCCACAGCUCCUGUGACAGCUUCUACUUUGACACAAUAUGAUUUACAUCACGGGUUUCUUGCCCUCCGUUCUACAAAGACCUCUUUUGGGGCAGACCCUGAAGCCAAACUUGUAAAUCCAGGUCAUCUCUUAGUUCUCGGUCCUGAUGAGCAUGACUCAGCACAGGAGUACAUAUAUCCUAAGACCUGGGAAGACCACCUAAAGAAAACACUUGCCCAGCUAUUCUGGGGUCUGCCAACUCUGCACAGCGAAUCCUUGUCCUCUGCUGUCCAUGCCUCGGGUGACUAUUCAAUCUUCUUCAAUAGCAUCUCAAAUUCCUUCACAGACCAAGAAUCCCCAGGACUUGCUUAUGUACAAUCUCCAUCCUUGGCAGAGGUCCAACCUCAACCCUUGCCUCAAACCCUGCCUCAAUCCCAGCACUUACAUCUCACUCAGAUCGAAACCCAGGCCCACCUUCAAUCCCCAUUCCCAAUCCUACCAUCCAGUCCCAUUACCAGAAUAAGAUCUGUGAAAUGA